AUGACAUCGCAUCCGCGCCACCAAAUUCCCGAGCUGCUGCCCCGUGCGGGCUUUAUCUGGCCCCCCAGCCGGCAGCUGCUCUCCAACAGGAUCCGAAACCGGCGGCUGGCGCGCGCCUUGACCGGGGCUGGGAUCUCGCUGAAGCGAGAUGAAGUGGAAGCCGCACUUGCGGCCAUCUUCGACAUCGCCAAGGAUCAGCAUGAGCAAGGUGCUCUACGCGCUGCCGAGACGGUGCCGUACUUCCUCGCCGGCAUCCGCCGGCUUAUACCAUUCGCCAACGGGCUAGAUGAAGGGGUGUUCAUAGAUCUCUUCACGUCACUGCGUAACGGCCGCAGAGAGUGGCAUGCCAACCCCCGGCCCCCUUUCGACGUCACCACCCAUGGCCCGCUGGCCAAGGCCAUUGAUGCCUUCAACUCUGCGGCGGCUCAAGACUGGAAUGAGACAGAAGUUGAGCUCUUUGAGCUUGUUGGGGGAUAUUCAGACGCCGAAAGCGAGGGGGAUGCCAUGGAGAUAGACGAGGAUCAGGAGCAGACUGGGGCCCUUACCCAACAGGCGGCCCAGCCGCAGGAAACCCGAUCUCCGGAGCAUAUCGCCCGUCUACUUAAGCAGCUGCUCGCCAACCACGAGGCAGAUAAAUCCAAGGCAGCGGUGGAUAAGGUGACGAAGGAUUUCGAGGAUAUGGAUUUGGACGAGGACGAUGCCCAGCCCGAAUGCUCGUUCCCACGACGAAUCUUCCCAUUAUCAACUCCCUCCUACGAGGCCAUCGCGAUGGCGCCAGACAAGAAUCAGAGAUACGACCCGGUCCCUCCAAUUCCUACCUACGAUGAAGCCGUUGCGGGGGAUAGCCGCUCUGCCUUUGAGGGCGAUUGGGAGCAAGAUCGGGAUCAUCUUGCACUAUCACCGGUCGACGAGCACUCUCAUAGCGAAUUCGAGUCAGAAGGCCUAUUAAACACGCGAGGAGCUUCUAGCGCGACUCAUCCGACAUCCUCCGCGCGACCACGACGAGCAGGUGGCUAUCGGGCCCCGACGGUAGAAUCCGACGAUGAGGACAGCCACUGGGAUUCGGCCUCAGACGAUGAUGCGACGGAAGCAGCGCAUGUGCGGCGAGAGAUGCAAGAGCUCGAGAUGAUGGACCCCGAUGACGACGAUCACGCACGGAGCCAGAUGUUCGACCCCGAGAGCGUGCGAAUACAUGUCCAAAGUAAUGUCGACCCCCACAGGAUACGCGAGAAUUUGAAACACUUCACAUCAUAUGCACACAUCGCUGGCACGGAGGGUGACUAUGCGCUGGCCACAGACGUGAAGAACAUAUUCACCACUUAUGGCCUGGAAGACGUGUCCGUAGAUGAGUAUUAUGUCUAUCUCAAUUAUCCGAAAGAGGGAGGCAGAGCUGUUGAGAUCCUGGGGAAGGACGGGAAGCCGACUUGGGCCGCGAAGCUUGAGGAGGACGAGAGAGGUGAGGAGACAGCAGGGCACCAGACAUUCGUAUUUCAUGGUCACUCCAAGUCUGGCGAUGUCAAAGGACCGUUAAUCUAUGCCAAUUAUGGAUCCAGAGAAGACUUCAAGAGGCUUGCCGACAGUGGAAUUGAGACAAACGGAGCGAUUGCGCUUGUGAGGUACUACGGCACGCAGACGGACAGAGCUCUGAAAGUGAAGGCUGCCGAAUUAGCUGGAUUUGCGGGGUGCAUUAUCUACAGCGAUCCAGCAGACGAUGGAUUUCUCAAAGGCAACGUCGCACCCAAUGGAAGAUAUAUGCCCGCCGAUGGAGUUCAACGAGGCGCUGUCAGUUUGAUGAGCUGGGUUGUCGGAGAUGUCUUGACCCCAGGCUGGGAGAGCAAGCAUAAUAUGCCACGAAUGAAGAAAGAAGAAAGUCCCGGUCUCGUCCAGAUACCAAGUCUUCCUCUAGCGUGGCGCGAUGCGCAAGUCAUGCUACAGCACCUUAAAGGUGUCGGUCAGAAAUGCCCUGAUGACUGGGUUGGUGGUGUACCAGACAUUGGUGAAUGGUGGACCGGCGAUGCUUCAUCGCCUAUUGUGCGCUUGAAGAACGAACAGGACGAAGUGGAUGAUCAGCCUAUCUGGAAUGUUUAUGGAAGAAUUGUUGGCGUCGAGCAAACCGCGAAGUCGAUAAUGAUAGGCAAUCAUCGAGAUAGCUGGACGUUCGGCGCAACUGAUCCUCACUCCGGCACUGCGAUUAUGCUUGAGGUGGCUCGAAUCUUCGGCGAUCUCCUUGAUCGAGGUUGGCGGCCGUUGAGGACCAUCGAAUUCAUGUCAUGGGACGCGGAGGAGUACAAUCUCAUAGGGUCAACUGAGUUUGUGGAGAAGAACCUGGACGCCCUAAGACGAGAUGGAUAUGCUUAUAUCAACCUCGACACUGCUGUUACUGGCUCAGAAUUCCAUGCCUCUGGCUCUCCUGUUUUCCAGAAGAUCCUCUACCGAAUCAUCGACCGGAUAUCUGAUCCAAAUUUGAAUACAACACUUCGCGAGAUUUGGGACCAAAAGGGCUCUAAGCUUGAAGGCCUUGGUGCUGGCUCUGAUUAUGUUGCAUUUCAAGAUAUGGCAGGUACUAGCUCGCUGGAUUUGUCGUUUGAAGGGCCACCAUUCCCUUAUCAUUCUAGUUAUGACGACUUCGAGUGGAUGGACACGGUUGGUGACCCAGGCUUCGUAUAUCACUCGAUGCUUGCUGAGCUGCUCGCUCUUCUCAUUCUUGAGCUUGCGGAUCGCCCGAUUCUACCGUUCGACAUGGCAGCUUAUGCGAACAGUCUUCAGAAAUGGAUCGAUGAGCUACAGUCUUGGAGCGAGAAUAAGGGCGCGAAUCAAGCUGGCCAGCCACCUCUUGACAUGAGCGUUCUCAAAGCUGCUGCGAACGAGGUGACUGGUGCUGUUGGAACAUUUGAGCAGUGGGAAUCAAGAUGGGAGAAUUCCGUGUUGGCCGCCAGUGGCUGGGAGCCUAUUGGGCUUGGCAAUGAGAGAGCUGACUACAAUAACCGCAUGGCUCAAUUUGAGACCGACCUCCUGGAUCUGGAUCCCCAUGGUGGCAUUCAGAACCGUACCCAAUUUCGACACGUCGUAUUUGGACCCCAGUUGUGGUCCGGCUACGACGAAGCAUUCUUUCCUGCAAUUCGUGAUGUCAUUGAUGCGGGCGACUGGUUGCUUGCUAACCAAACCGUGGACAAAGUCGCAGGUAUUAUUCGGAAGGCUGCGCAGAAUCUGAAGAUCUGA